AAUGUGUUGUUUUUCAGUCGGAAUUGACCCAAAGUGUAAAAAAAAUAGUGAUUCGUAAAUGAAUGUGGAGUACAGAUUGUUUGGAUGAAUUUGUGUGAAAACUACAGGUGAAUCCAUUAUACCAAAAAUGGCCAAAACCGCAGCCAUUGGCAUUGAUCUUGGAACCACUUACUCCUGCGUAGGUGUUUGGCAACAUGGUAAAGUGGAAAUCAUCGCCAACGACCAAGGAAACAGGACCACCCCCAGCUAUGUAGCGUUUACUGACAGUGAAAGACUGAUUGGAGAUGCUGCCAAAAGCCAGGUUGCUAUGAAUCCCAAAAACACAGUCUUUGAUGCAAAACGUUUAAUCGGCCGUCGAUUCGAUGAUCCCAAGAUCCAGGAAGACAUGAAACACUGGACCUUCCAGGUUGUCAACGACGCAGGGAAGCCAAAAAUCCAAGUGGAAUACAAGGGCGAGAUGAAAAAGUUCGCUCCAGAAGAAAUCAGUUCAAUGGUUCUGACGAAGAUGAAGGAAAUUGCCGAAACUUAUCUCGGAGGAAAGGUGUCUGAUGCUGUAGUUACGGUUCCUGCCUAUUUCAAUGACUCCCAGAGGCAAGCUACAAAGGAUGCGGGUUCAAUAGCUGGACUGAAUGUGUUGAGGAUCAUCAAUGAACCCACAGCUGCUGCCUUGGCGUAUGGACUCGAUAAAAACCUGAAGGGCGAGAAAAAUGUACUCAUCUUCGAUCUUGGGGGAGGUACAUUUGAUGUGUCUAUUCUGGCUAUUGAUGAGGGAUCCUUGUUUGAAGUCAAAUCCACCGCUGGAGAUACACAUUUAGGAGGUGAAGAUUUUGAUAACAGAAUGGUCAAUUUCUUCGUGGAUGAAUUCAAAAGAAAACACAAGAAAGACCUCAGCAAAAACACUAGAGCUCUGCGUAGACUCAGAACAGCGUGUGAGAGAGCGAAAAGAACCUUGUCUUCCAGUACAGAGGCAAGUAUCGAAAUAGAUGCGCUCCACGAUGGAGUCGACUUUUUCUCCAAAGUCACAAGAGCUAGAUUCGAAGAAAUGUGCAUGGAUUUGUUCAGGUCGACCCUUCAACCAGUGGAGAAGGCUCUAACAGACGCAAAACUAGACAAAGGAGCUAUCCAUGACGUUGUUCUAGUAGGUGGAUCCACUAGGAUUCCUAAGAUCCAGAAGAUGCUCCAAGACUUCUUCUGCGGCAAGUCUUUGAACUUGUCCAUCAAUCCCGAUGAGGCUGUGGCUUACGGUGCGGCAGUACAAGCUGCAAUCCUGAGUGGUGAUACCAGCUCCCAAAUCCAAGACGUACUACUUGUAGACGUUGCUCCUCUUUCACUGGGUAUCGAAACAGCUGGUGGAGUAAUGACGAAAAUUGUGGAACGGAACUCCAGAAUUCCUUGCAAACAACAACAAACAUUCACAACGUACUCUGAUAACCAAAACGCGGUUACCAUCCAAGUUUUCGAGGGAGAACGAGCCAUGACGAAAGAUAACAACCUGUUGGGUACCUUUAACUUGAAUGGUAUUCCUCCGGCUCCUCGAGGGGUUCCCAAAAUCGAAGUGACAUUCGACUUGGACGCCAACGGUAUUCUCAAUGUGUCUGCGAAAGAUAGCAGCACUGGCAAAUCUGAAAAAAUUACGAUCACUAACGACAAAGGAAGACUGUCCAAAGCAGAGAUUGAUAAAAUGUUAUCUGAAGCUGAGAAAUACGCUGCCGAGGAUGAGGCACAGAGGUUGAGAAUUGCUUCUAGAAAUCAACUAGAAGGCUAUAUCUUCAGUGCCAAACAGGCUGUUGAAGAUGCUCCAGCAGACAAGUUGACGGAAGAUGAUAAAAAGUUGGUCCAGGAAAAAUGUUCAGCUGCUCUGGCUUGGUUGGAUGCCAAUCAACUCGCCGAGAAAGAUGAAUACGAACACAAACUGAAGGAGCUACAACAGGAAUGCUCCCCCAUUAUGAUGAAACUGCAUCAAGGAGCACAAGGGGGUGCAGGUGGCAAAGGACCCACUGUCGAAGAAGUUGACUAAAAUAGUUAAAUUGUUGAUACCUUAUUUGAACUGAAAUGCUAAGCUAAAUAUGGGAUUCAAUGUAUUUAAAAACUAUUUGUGCUGAAUAACACUGGGUGCCAUGGGUAAUAUAAAUAUCAGAUUUUACCUAACUGAAAUUAUUUCAAGGUGAACAAUUCGAAUCAGUACAUUACAUUUCAGAAAUGAUUUUUUUUUCAUACAAUCGAAGUUUGUAACUGAAAAUGUUUUUGUGCGUAGGAAGGAAAUGAAUAGAAAAUCAUUAAAACGCUUUUUCAUGCUUUUGGAUAUAUA